AGUAAACAUCUGAUUACUGUCAUGAGGUUAUGUUUUCAUUUCUUCACUUGUCUGAAUACUCUGUCAUAUGUAUAAAAUAGACUAAUUACUCAAAAUGUUGAAGUUAAUAACAAACUUAAAGCACUGUAAACUCUUAAAUAGGAGCCUUAGUUCAACUGUAUCACAAAAUGAAAUCAAAACCGAACAGAGUUCUGACAAAUUUGAAACUGUAUUUAAAUUUCCUUUUAUUCGAUAUAUUUCAAUGCUGAAUAGGCUAAAAGUAUAUCAGAUUGUAGGAACUUCAUUAGCUCUACCUGGUUGUGGUCUAAUGGAGGCGUUAAAUGUUUUACCUCAAGGCGCUCUGUUAUCAGCUGCAUAUAUAGGUAUCACUGGCUCAGCAGUACUUUCUGUGACUACCCUCCCUUUUCGCAACACUAUUGGCUAUUUGUAUAUAAGCUCAGAUAAUCAAAAAGUCAAGAUAUCCUCAAUGAACUUUUGGGGGAAAAGACAAGACAAGAUAAUAGCCACAGAAGAUUGGAUACCAUUACUUGAGAUGCCCCCAAAAGCAACAGAUGCUGUGUUCCUUCAACCAAAGCUCACUGAUGGCACAAAGUAUAAGUUAUUUGUUAAGUUUGGAAAUGUAAUAAAUCCUAGUAAAAUGGGACAAGUCUUAGAAUGAUUUAUAUGCUAUAGGAUAUAAGGAAGGUGCAAAAGAAACAAACUUGUCAUAAUGUUAUCAAUCUACUUCUUAAACAUACAGUAGUAUUGAGAACCAAAUCUUAUAAAUAGGUGAAUUUAGAUUAAAUACACUGUUCAAACAAU